AUGACGCGCUCACAACAUCUUGAAGAAGACUACGCGUCCGAUAUCGAGGAGGGCGGUUUCAUCGUGAACGAUCCUGAUCGCAAGAAGAGAAACGGCAGAUCUAGACGGAAACUGGCUCAACAAACGAAAACUUACAAAGAAGAAUCAGACGAAGAUGUGAUCGAAGUUGUUCCAAACGGCAGCUCAAAAAAAAGGCCGGCUCGUGGACAGCGUAAGAGUGCAAAAAGAGUUAAAAAAGAGGAAUCGGAUGACGAUAAUGAUGAGGAUUUCACCAUAGAGGAUCAUCCUGAAUCCGAGGAUGACGAUAUCGCCAUUGUGAGUCAUUCGCGACACCGGGAGGGGACAAAUAUCGAGAACGCGGUUAAUCUUGACAGUGACGAGGACGAUCUUGUAGGUGAGGCAAACGGCAACGGGACGGAGGCGGAACGGCCGAAGCUCAAACAACGCGUCUCGCUAAGCCCAAGUCCUUCUCAAAAGAAAGGUAAAAAGCCAAGGAAGAAAAAAGAGCCGAAGGUGAAAGUGCCGUACUUUACUCGUACCACUAACAAACUUUAUGAGCAGCACCCUGAGUUGAAGGAUGUCUUUCCAUAUCUCCAGUCUCUUGCAGGGGUACCCGUGGAGAGAGCAGAGCAGCCUGACAAGAUGAAUAUCAGGCUCUUACCCUUUCAGUUGGAGGGUCUUAACUGGCUCUUGAAGCAAGAAGAAGGAGAGUUCAAUGGCGGUGUUUUGGCGGACGAGAUGGGUAUGGGUAAGACAAUUCAGAUGAUUGCACUUUUCAUGAGUGACACGCUGAAACGCCCCAACUUGGUUGUUGGUCCCACUGUGGCGUUGAUGCAAUGGAAGAAUGAAAUCGAGGCUCAUACUCACGAGGGCCAACUCAAGGUUCUUUUGUUCCACGGUGCCAACAGAGAGACUGAGAUUGACGAACUUAUGAAGUAUGAUGUCAUAUUGACAUCCUACUCUGUCCUUGAGAGUGUCUACAGAAAGGAGCGUUACGGAUUUCGCAGAAAGAACGGUGUGGUGAAGCAGAAGUCUCCUUUGCACGCAUUGCCGUUCUAUCGAGUAAUUCUCGAUGAAGCACACAACAUCAAGGACCGUACCUCCGGGACGGCAAAGGCUGCUAAUGACUUGAAUUGCCAAAAGCGCUGGUGCUUGACUGGUACACCGUUACAAAACAGAAUUGGUGAAAUGUAUUCCUUGAUUCGCUUCAUGAAGCUUGAUCCGUUUUACAAAUACUUUUGCACAAAGUGUGAGUGCUCUUCAAGCGAGUGGAAAUUCUCAGAUUGGAGACAUUGUGAUCAAUGUGGACACUCACCCAUGGUUCACACCAAUUUUUUCAAUCACUUCAUGUUGAAAAACAUACAGAAGCAUGGCAUUGAAGGCGAUGGCCUUAUAUCUUUUCAGCAUAUCCGCUUACUUUUACGAAACAUCAUGCUUCGAAGAACAAAGCUUGAGCGUGCUGAUGAUCUUGGGUUACCUCCAAGGAUCGUUGAGAUCAGAAGGGACAAAUUCAAUGCCGAGGAAAAGGAUUUGUACACAUCGUUGUACAGUGACUCGAAGAGAAAGUUCAACGAUUAUGUUGCAGAGGGUGUUGUGUUAAACAAUUACGCCAACAUCUUCACAUUGAUUACCAGAAUGAGACAAUUGGCAGACCAUCCAGAUCUAGUCUUGAAGCGUAUUGGCACAAACUCAAUUGCCCAAGAUAUAGAGGGCGUAGUUAUGUGUCAGCUUUGUGACGACGAAGCAGAAGAACCGAUUGAGUCCAAGUGUCAUCACAAAUUCUGUCGUAUGUGUAUCCAAGAGUACGUGGAGAGUUUUUCCGGAGAGGAGAAGAAGCUUGAGUGUCCAGUUUGCCACAUCGGUCUUUCUAUUGACUUGCAACAACCGGCACUUGAAGUCGACGAAGAGCAAUUUUCGAAGGCUUCUAUUGUGAACCGAAUCAAAAUGGGAACACAUGGUGGUGAAUGGAGGCUGAGCACAAAAAUCGAGGCGCUUGUUGAGGAGCUUUACAAGCUACGGUCAGAUAGACACACUAUCAAGUCGAUUGUGUUUUCUCAGUUCACAUCCAUGUUGGACUUGGUCGAGUGGAGACUCAAGUGUGCCGGAUUCCAAACUGUCAAGCUCUCAGGGUCCAUGUCACCACAGCAACGUGACAAGACUAUCAAACACUUCAUGGAGAAUACACUGGUGGAGAUUUUCCUUGUCUCUUUGAAGGCCGGAGGUGUAGCUUUGAACUUGUGUGAAGCCUCACAGGUGUUCUUGAUGGACCCAUGGUGGAACCCAAGUGUGGAGUGGCAGUCGAUGGACAGAGUACACCGAAUUGGACAGAAAAGACCGAUUCGAAUCACAAGAUUCUGUAUUGAGGACAGUAUAGAGCUGAAAAUUAUCGAGUUGCAAGAUAAGAAAGCGAACAUGAUUCACGCUACUAUUAAUCACGAUGAUGCAGCUGUCAAUAGGCUCACCCCGGACGACCUUCAAUUCUUGUUCAUGAACUAA